UUUUCACAAAUAUUCGACAGAAAUAGGUCAAUGGUCCUGUUAGAACUUGAAUCAACUUUUAACAGAUUAUAUUAAAUAAAUUAGAGUGCUAUUAGUCAUUAUGAGAAUCUUGGAAUUAAGCUUCACAGUUUUGAUUUCAUCUUUAUUUUUGAAAUCGGUACAUGCUCUUACGUGCAACUCGGAUCAAUUGCUUAUCACUAUAAAGACACCAGAGGGCGAGUAUGAUCUCGAUUUGUAUGAGCGUUAUGAACUUCGGGCUACUAUAGCGUAUUCGGUGAGAAAAUACUGUGGCGGUGACAACCCUGCAUUUGAGACUCCUGCACCAGCUUCACAAUGCCCCAAUCCCAAAGUUGGGACGGACGACGUAAUCGUUUCAGAGCCAACUCCCCGAAUCUCCUGCUGUGUUAAAGUCACAGACUUUUCACCAGAUGUCGUGAGAGCGGCAAUCAAAGGCUCAAAAGCUAACCUUAACGGAGCGCUUCUUCUAACCGAUGACGUUUUAUUUGUGGAUGGAAUAGAACCCACUCUCGAACCCCUGUUCGAACCUGAAUUUGCUUAUUGGCUCAUUGCAUAUAUUGUCAUAUUUUGCUUGAUUAUUUUGGCUGGGAUUGCGAUGCUUCUGUACACUCGAUUCCACAAAAAAGAGGAUGAUGAAGAAAAAGAGCUGUUUGUUGACGAAGGAGGCGAAAAUGUAUACGAAAAUGUUGAUGAAAAAUCCAAUACUAAUGGUGGCUUUCAAAGUGAUAGAUUCGAAGAAGCUACAGCACUAUGAUCGAUCCUUUUGUACAUUUUUAUUUCUCGAAUAUCCAGGGAUCUGUAUGCGAAUAUAUCAGUUACCGGAAUGUUUUCGAACAAUUGCAGUAAUUUACGUAGAGAUAAUCACCCACCUUCAUUGAAUACUAGCAGUAUCAAUGUCGUCUUGGUUUCUUCGACCAAUAAUUGUACUAAUACUACCAAAUAGGACUGCACAAAAUCAAACCGAUAUUGACAUCAAGUUAAUUUUAUUUUUGAAGCUGAAUAUAGAUUGUUUAAUUCUUACCUUUUUUUCACUCAUUUAUAAACUAACAUGUUUUGUUAAUACACGAAUCAGAAAAUGACAAAUAUAGAGAAUAUACAUAGAAUAUAUGUACGGUAUUUAUAGUUGCGAAACAUUUUAUAUGCGAUGGAAGCAAGUACAUUUAUUCGGAGCUCAACCAAAUUCAAUUUGAAUUCCUUGUUAAUCCUAAUUUAUUGGCUCGCCAUACCUUUUUGUAUCUGAUGUUGUUAACUUAAAUAUCGAUAUUUUUCUAAUUCUUCAAACUACAUUAAAUGAUUCGCUCACUCUUGA